AUGGUGAUGGGCUCUCAGGUGAUCAAGUGUAGUGUCACUUAUGAUAAGAAGGCCAUUAUCAUUAAUGGGCAGAGGAAAAUUCUUCUAUCUGGCUCUAUACACUACCCAAGAAGCACCCCUGAUAUGUGGGAAGAUCUUAUAUUGAAGGCUAAAGAUGGAGGGUUAGAUGUUAUUGACACUUAUGUGUUUUGGAAUGGGCAUGAGCCUUCACCUGGCAAUUAUAAUUUUAAAGGUAGAUACGAUCUUGUUCGGUUUGUUAAGACUGCUCAAAAAGUCGGGCUUUUCGUUCAUCUGCGAAUCGGGCCUUAUGUGUGUGCAGAAUGGAAUUACGGAGGAUUUCCUGUGUGGCUGAAAUAUGUGCCUGGUAUUAGCUUUAGAACAGACAACGAGCCCUUUAAGGCAGCAAUGCAACAGUUCACUCAGAAAAUCGUGGGCAUGAUGAAAAGUGAGAAGCUGUUCCAAUCACAAGGAGGUCCCAUUAUAUUAUCUCAAAUUGAGAAUGAAUAUGGUGCACAAAGGAGGGCACUUGGGUCGGCUGGUGAGGCAUAUAUGAAUUGGGCAGCGAAAAUGGCCGUCGGUUUGGACACUGGAGUUCCGUGGGUCAUGUGCAAAGACGAUAAUGCCCCUGAUCCUUUGAUAAAUACAUGCAAUGGCUUUUAUUGCGACUCGUUCACUCCAAACAGACCUUAUAAGCCAACUAUGUGGACUGAAGCUUGGACUGGAUGGUUCAAUGAGUUUGGGGGUACUGUUCAUCAACGUCCAGUUCAGGAUCUCGCGUUUGCAGUUGCUAGGUUCAUUCAGAAGGGUGGUUCAUACAUAAACUAUUACAUGUACCAUGGAGGCACUAAUUUCGGGCGCACGGCUGGAGGUCCUUUUGUUACGACUAGCUAUGACUAUGAUGCCCCAAUCGAUGAAUAUGGGUCGAUUAGGGAACCAAAGCACGGUCAUUUAAAAGAACUCCACAAAGCCAUCAAGCUUUGUGAACAUGCAUUACUCUCAUCGGACCCUAACGUUACUUCAUUAGGAAACUAUCAGCAGGCUUACGUAUUUUCCCCCAAACAAGGAAACUGUGCAGCUUUUCUUUCGAACUUUGAUAGUAAAUCGGCUGUAAAGUUGAUGUUUAACAACAGGCACUACAAUUUACCUCCUUGGUCCAUUAGCAUUCUUCCAGACUGUAAAAAUGUGGUCUUCAACACUGCAAAAAUCGGAACACAAACUUCACAAGUUCGAAUGCAGCAGUCUAAUAUUGUGUUUCGCUCGUGGGAGUCAUAUGGCGAGGACGCAGCUUCAUCUGAAGAUAGUUCGGUGUUUAUAGCUAACGGGCUUUUGGAGCAGAUAAAUGUCACCAGGGAUUAUAGUGAUUAUUUGUGGUACACUACUAGCGUCAACAUUGAUUCAUCGGAAUCAUUUUUACGAGCUGGGAAGAAGCCGACUCUGAAUGUGAACUCGAGAGGCCAUGCCAUACAUGUCUUCAUUAAUGGUCAGCUUGCAGGGUCUGCUUAUGGGACGAGGGUUAAUACAGGAUUCACAUUCAGUGGACCUGUGAACUUGAGAGCUGGAAAGAAUAAAAUCGCUCUGCUCAGCAUAGCCAUGGGCUUGCCGAACAACGGAUUUCAUUUCGAGAAUUGGAACGUGGGAUUGGGGCGUGUGGAGCUGGAUGGGCUGGAUCAAGGGAAAAAGGACCUGAACAGGCAAACAUGGUCUUACCAGGUCGGAUUAAAAGGCGAGAAAAUAAAUUUGGGCUUGCCCGAAAAGGUUUCCUCUGUUGAGUGGACGCGAGUAUCGGCUGCCAACCAAAAUCAACAGCCUUUGAGAUGGUACAAGGCAUAUUUUGACGCGCCAAGUGGCAAAGAGCCAUUGGCUCUGGAUAUGAGGAGCAUGGGGAAAGGUCAAGUGUGGGUCAACGGUCAAAGUAUCGGAAGAUAUUGGCAGGCUAAGGCAAAUGGUAACUGUGGAGUUUGCCAUUAUAGCGGCACAUAUCGGUCACCAAAAUGCCAGCUUGGAUGCGGCCAACCGACUCAGCGCUGGUACCAUGUCCCAAGAUCUUGGCUGAAGCCUACACAAAACCUGAUUGUGAUAUUCGAGGAGCUCGGUGGGGAUGCGUCAAGAAUCACCCUCGUCAAACGAACGACAUCUGGUGUGUGCGCCAAUGCGUUGGAACACAACCCAACAAUCGCAAAUUAUUACCUCACGGAGGGCACCAACAGAGAACAAAAAAUGCUCCACCAGGCCAAAGUCCACCUCCGAUGUGGGCCCGGCCAGUUGAUAUCAAAAAUUAAGUUCGCGAGCUUCGGGACCCCAAAGGGCAGUUGUGGAAACUUCCAGCUAGGGACUUGCCAUGCCCAGAACUCCCAUGACAUCAUACAAAAGAUGUGCCUUGGGAAGCAAAGUUGUAAGCUUUCGGUGUCGAAUAGCUACUUUGGGAAUGAUCCUUGCCCGCGCGUUUUGAAGAGGUUAUCUGUCGAAGCUAUUUGCUCUAAUAUGGUGGCCUGA